CACGAUGUCAGCGUCGCUUGCAGAAACAUUACGUGCAUUUAGCCGGCCAGCUGCCUAUUGCGAUACGGCGUGAAGGUCUGGCUAUCUUGGGACUCAAUAUACUCGGCUCUGGCUCAUGGUAGUGACUAUCCUGCCAAUACGGGACAUGUCCCCGUGGUGAAUCUGCACAGCUAUCGCAGCGGCAUGCGGACCGCGAUGCCGUCGACGAGCUCUGGAGAUGAGGUUUUUUUUUCACGAUGUUGACAAGAUAGUGCUGGACGCAAAGUUAUAAAAGCCCUCAUCUCCCGGUCAUGUCGGUUUUCCAAUUCCUCAACCACGCUCAAUCGUCAUUCACAAUGGCAUUCUCCUUCCAAUUCUACAAGGCUGCGCUGCUGCUGAGCUCCAUUCUGGGAUCCGUCCAGGCCCAGAAGGUUGGUACUCAGCAGACAGAAACCCAUCCUUCUCUGACCUGGCAGACCUGCACCAGCAGUGGCAGCUGCACCACCAACAACGGCAAGGUCGUCAUCGACGCCAAUUGGCGAUGGGUGCACACCGUUGACGGCUAUACCAACUGCUACACCGGCAACAAGUGGGACACGUCCAUCUGCUCGACCAAUGCCGACUGUGCCACCAAGUGCGCCGUCGACGGUGCCAACUACCAGCAGACUUACGGUGUGACCACCAGCGGCGACUCGCUGCGUCUGAACUUCGUCACCCAGAGCCAGCAGAAGAACGUCGGCUCGCGUCUCUACCUCAUGAAGGACGACAACACGUACGAGACGCUCAAGCUCCUCAACCAGGAGAUCACCUUCGACGUGGACGUCUCCGCUCUUCCCUGCGGUCUGAACGGCGCCGUCUACCUCGUCAACAUGGACGCCGACGGUGGCAAGUCCAGAUACCCCACCAACGAGGCCGGUGCCAAGUACGGAACCGGAUACUGCGAUUCGCAAUGUCCUCGCGAUCUCAAGUUCAUCAACGGUCAAGCGAACGUCGAGGGCUGGAAAGGCUCGGACAGCGACCCCAACUCGGGAACCGGUAACCGCGGGUCCUGCUGCGCGGAGAUGGAUCUUUGGGAAGCAAACAGCAUCUCGACGGCCUUCACCCCCCAUCCCUGCGAUGACCCUUUGCAGACCAUGUGCACGGGCGACAGUUGCGGCGGCACUUACAGCGCCGACCGGUACGGCGGCACCUGCGAUCCCGACGGAUGCGACUUCAACUCGUUCCGGCAGGGCAACAAGACCUUCUACGGGCCCGGAAUGACCGUGGACACCAAGAGCAAGGUGACCGUGGUGACGCAGUUCCUGACCAACAACAACGCCGCGUCCGGCACGCUCUCCGAGAUCCGCCGCUUCUACGUGCAGAACGGCAAGGUGAUCCCCAACUCGCAGUCCACCUGGUCCGGCGUGACCGGCAACUCGAUCACGACCUCGUACUGCUCUGCCCAGAAGUCUCUCUUCGGCGACGAGCCCUCGUUCGAGCAGCACGGCGGCUUGGAAGGCAUGAGUGCCGGUUUGGCGGAGGGCAUGGUCCUCGUGCUGAGUCUGUGGGACGACCACCACGCCAACAUGCUCUGGCUGGACAGCAACUACCCCACCGACAAGCCCUCGACGACCCCCGGCGUGGCCCGCGGCACUUGCGACAUCUCGUCCGGAGACCCCGGCGACGUCGAGGCCAACCACCCCGACGCGUACGUCGUCUACUCGAACAUCAAGGUCGGUCCCAUCGGUUCGACCUUCAACAGCGGCUCCAACCCGGGCACCGGCACCACAACCACCACCUCGCGGGCCACCACCACGACCACCAGCAGCGGAGGCACCCAGACCGGCGUGGCCAAGCAGUACGAGCAGUGCGGCGGCGCCUCCUGGACUGGACCAACCAAGUGUGUGAGCGGGUACACCUGCACCAAGGUGAACGAGUGGUACUCUCAGUGUCUGUAAGAAACAGGCCCGAGGGGUGGGUGAUGGGAAAGCACGGCCAGACGGAGCAGACCAUGCAGGGGUAGGGACUAGGCAGAAGUGGCAAGAAUGAACAGUUCGCUUGGCCUUUUUUUUUUUCAAUUUCCUAGGUAGUCAAUCAAUG